ACAUUUGCUUUUCAGGUUUCCAGUAGAACUUUCCACAAUGUUGGCAUUACUACAUAAAUGUUUCUUCUUGGUGAUGGUAAUAUACCUCAGCUCAGAAAUGUUUUGUGAUGGUAGUGAUGAGGAAAAUUUUUCUCAUAUUUACAAAAAUCUACUUGGAUUUGACUUUGAUAUGGACUAUGUUAUCAGAGAAUAUAUGAAGGUUUGUCCAACAGUAACAAUAUGUGGCGAUAAAAAUGAAUCAUUUAUUGACACAUUGACUGAAUAUGAUCUUUUUAACCUUCCUAUCCAAUGUCCUAAUUGUAGUUGUGAACAAGACUGUGUCAUAAAUAAUAAUUGCUGUCCAGAUGUGAUAUAUGGCUACCUUCAAUAUGACUGUGUCAGUUCCGUAAAACAUAAAGGUAAAGAGUUCUAUAAUGAAGAGAAAUUUUCAAUGAUUGCGUCAUGUCCACAAUCCUGGGUAGCUUCACACAAUAUGACCAAGCAACGUGAGAGUAUUUUACCUGUCACAUCCUUCUUGACCGGACUGACAUAUCAAACUGUGGAGUUUGCCCAAUGUAACGGGGAUAACAAGUCGUUGGCAACAUGGAACACGACAUUCUAUUGUCAAAAAUUUACAGGAUUUUUUCGAGGAAGUCAUUAUCAAUUCUUUUGACGAACUUUUACGACACCUUGCUGAACGAAAUUGUGAAAUUAGACUCUCUGUUACAUAUCCAACCGUUCCUAGCCAAGCCGUUU